GAAAGUCUCCAUGCUGCCUUUGACUGCUCUUAUUGCCGCUGAUGAAUCAUUUGGAGCUUUAUUAAAACCAUACACUACACCUUCUGCCCCAUUCUCAAGAAUAAGGGUAUCAUUUGCUCGACAUUGUUGCAGACACUUAGGCCUCUGAAUUGGUUGGCUGCGCUGGUCUUGCAUCCAAGCCAUAUCUUAGGAUGCCUACAAACACUGGGAACAAGAUGCUACCUCUGCAUUCUAUUCUGAAUCCUACUUUGUCUGGGCAGCCUGAGCCUGGUUUCCGACAGUCUGAUCCAGUGUUGGCAACACCAUCGACAUCACUGCCGUCAGGAGCAUUACGAGGGACGACAGAUGGAUCGGUGCCUACCCAAAAGGCGAAACCACAGGGGAGCGCUGGCACUAUGCCCAAGCCGAAGUUACAGGGCCCAGUCAAUUUCGCCCCUUUUGAAGAUGUCGACCAAGCAUCAUAUCGAGAGGUUCAAAGGUUCCAAGUCAGUCCGUUUGGACAGAUACGACAGAGUUGCGACCAUAUCCCUUACAGUAGCUCAAAGAAGGACUUUUUCGAAAAGACGGGAAGAGAGAGCAUCGAAGUUUUCAAGUAUGAGUUUUGUUACAACGAGGCAACCUACACCGUAAUGUGGGAUUAUAAUGUUGGUCUUGUUCGCAUGACUCCAUUCUUCAAAUGUUUGGGGUAUGCAAAGACCAAACCCUCCCAGAUGCUGGAUAGAAAUCCGGGAUUAAGAGACAUAUCGCCUAGCAUCACCGGAGGCGCCGUGUCAGCUCAAGGGUAUUGGAUGCCAUAUCCAUGUGCAAGAGCGGUAUGUGCAACUUUUUGCACGAGAAUCGCGGGUGCAUUGAUACCGCUCUUUGGCCCAUCGUUUCCCUCUCAGUGUACUCCUUCCGACUCUCCUUAUUACAAUGAUAUGGUGAUCAGUCGAUUGAUCAUCAUGGAAGCUACUGAAGACGUCGCACGGUUUCGCUAUGGCCAGGGACAAGGAAAUCGAAUUGUAAAGGCUGUCGGCGGAAUACGUGGCCCUCUGGUGCUUGGAGACUAUCCCCUGCGUGGCAAAUGGGAAAGCCAGCCAACGCCCUCUUUCAGAAUACCAUCGCGCCCUCAGCCUCCGCGCUCUCAGCGUUUGAUCACCUCAAUUCCUGAGGCUCCUUUUGGUCAGCAUCCUAUGGCAACUUCGGCUCCGAGUACGGCAUGCGAAGCCCGCGAAGUCAACCCCUUUUCUCGGAUGAGCACGAACAUGACUGGUCGAUCUGUUCUUGAUCCUAAGCUUUUCCAGCCGCCGAGUUCCUUCUUCGAUGUGUCCCUACGAACCGAGACGAGCGAAUCUGAGAGAAAGAAUGUUGAGAAAUGGAGACCGAAGCGGCGUAGACGAGCUCACAACGAGGCUGGAACAGUGUAUUCGCUGGCUCCCCUUGUGGAAGCAAACCAAGAGAGGCAGCCACAGUCACAGCCAGAGCUGGAGCAUUUCAGAGCGGCAGCAGCACUGCUGAGUCUGCAUAGAGAGCUUCGAGGCGCAGAAUAUUCCUCUACGAUAGCGGUGGAAGCAUCGGACGACGACUUUCCUGAACGGCGUCACCAGAAGAAACGACCAAAGGCGCAUUCCUUUUAACAACCGGAUGAGGUUGGUUGGAUUACCAAAAGCGGGAACGUGAUGUUGUAAUUUGGGGAUUUUUAUCCACGUAUUGCUCGUUUCAAGAUACCCGCAGGACUGGCGCUUGCAAUCAGAUUGUUUUUGGGUCAUCUUUUGGAGAGGUGUUUCUGGUUUUGCUUUUUUGUAUGUGGUAUUUUCAAGUU